CAUCCCUGCCGCUGGAGCCUGCUCAGUGGCUGGGAUUUGCAGCACACUGACUCUGGAUGUAGCCAGGGUGGCUUUCUCCAGCUGGGAUGCAGGACUUGAGCAGAAACUCACUGGUAGCUUCUUCGCUGCGUGAGCGCCGACUGAGUCCCAGGUCCCCCAUCUUCCCUCAGGACACUGUGCACAGUGCCUGAUCUUGAACAGCCAUGACGAUGGAAGUACUCCCCAAGGCCCUGGAGGUAGAUGAGACGUCUCCAGAGUCUAAGGACCUGCUGCCCAGCCAGACAGCCAGCUCUCUGUGUAUCAGCUCCAGAAGUGAGUCUGUCUGGACCACCACCCCCAGGAGCAAUUGGGAAAUUUACCACAAGCCCAUAAUCAUCAUGUCAGUGGGUGCUGCCAUUCUGCUCUUUGGUGUGGCCAUCACCUGUGUGGCCUACAUCUUGGAAGAGAAGCAUAAGGUUGUGCCAGUUCUCAAGAUGAUAGGGCCUGCCUUCUUAUCCUUGGGGCUCAUGAUGCUGGUGUGUGGGCUGGUGUGGGUACCCAUCAUCAAAAAGAAGCAGAAGCAAAGGCAGAAGUCCAACUUCUUCCAAAGCCUCAAGUUCUUCCUCCUGAACCGUUGAUGGUAAUCUGACCGGAAGAUCUGCUGACCAGCAUCCAGACUCCUAAUCUUCUAUGUCGGGUACCACCAAGCUGAUCCAGGCAAACCUUCCUCUUGGCCCUAAGAGUAGGACAGAGCUCAGGGCUUCACCCUCACACAACCUAGCAGUGUUGCUGGCUGAGUCUCACCUGGUUUCUUCAUCACUGUUGAUACUCUCUCGGAUAUUCUCAAUAUUCUCAUCCCUGGCACCUGCAUUUAGCCAUCAUCCAUCCCACUCUCUCUGACAGGGACAGUGCAUGCUG